AUGCCGCCACGUAUAACCCGCCUGAAAUGGCCACGACUAUUCCCGCCACAUGAGCCGUUGCCUUUUCUCUACCCACGAUGGUACUCAGUCGAAGUUGCUGCCGCCGAGGCUGCCCGGUCAAGCACAUUGAAAGAUUCAAUCCCGCCUGAUGGACGAGAUGUAUCAGCGCAGAAAGAGCUAGGGAACACACUGCCCAAGCCGUCAAGCCCCGCAUCGGUCCCACCGCAAGAUGUAGACGACAAUACCAGGCGCGUUCCGCGAUCGCUUGUGCGGAAAGUCCAAGUCCGAAAGCUGCAAGAGACGAAACGCGCCGAGCUGCGUGAAAAGUCCUUCUAUGCCAAAGACUGGCGAACACCCUUGAUGCUGCUACGUAAGCAUACACCACAAGGAGAACAUCACCAUGUCAAACAGCUGGCCCGACUGGACAUGCCCCAAGGCAUGCGAGGCUUCUAUCCUGGCAACCUCUUUGACCUCUUUCUGGACAUUUAUCUGCACACUGGGUGCCAUGUACAGAUCUCGCGUGGAGACAACCACAAGCAUGGCAAGUUCCAUGCUUUGGAAUUGUCGGGUACUGCAGCGACUAUCAGGUUGGCAAGGCACAUAUUGAACGAGGCUGUACAGGUCGAGAGCGAUGAGGAUCUGAAUGAUAGAGGCACCAUGGGGAAAUACGCCACUACCACUACACCUGUCGUCCAGGACAAGGUCAUGCCUCGUUCUGUCUGGAGUAUGCCGUAUGCAACAGCGAAAGAUCUCAGCCAUGUUCGCGAGCGGAAUAAAUGGUCAUUCCAAGUCUUUGCUGCCUACAUCGCUGAACUGGUCAUUGCAACUCCAAAUCCAUUACAACAAAAAGGACCAGCAAAUUCCCCGCCGAACAAGCCACAUGUCGACUUCGUAACGGACAAACUGAUGGCACUCUACACAAAUCCGGAUUCUGCUCGCUGGGCUUCCAUGCACGCCACAGUGCAGACUUUACAAUACCUCAUCGAACACCGCAAGAUCCCGGAAGUCCGUCGCAUUCUUGAGUUGAUCGAGUCUCAAUCAAAAACCACUCCCCUACCUCCGCUUUGUCUUGGCCAACCCAUCAGUCUUCAAUGUACUCUUGCAAUCAGCAUCUCAAGCCUUGGAUUUGCAUACCUACAACUUCCUCCUUCGCAUGAUGACGGAUCGUAG